AUGUCUGAACUUCAAGAUUUAUUCAAUUCAGCAAUUGAGCCGCUCCCUGAGAUCCACGACAAAAGUUUUGCAUCCCAUUUUGAUACAUUCGCUGAGAAGCAAGUCAUCCUUCUAGGUGAUGGCAGUCAUGGCACAUCCGAGUUUUAUUCUGCUCGAGCAGAGAUCACAAAGCGACUGAUUGAACGACAUGGUUACACCAUGGUCGCCGUCGAGGCGGACUGGCCCGAUGCAAAGGUUAUCGAUCGAUACGUACGUCUGCGUCCAGGUCCCAAAGCACAAAUAGGAGGUACUGCCAAGGGAUAUGAGCCGUUCAACCGAUUUCCGACCUGGAUGUGGAGAAACGUCGAAAUGCAGCGACUGGUCGAAUGGAUGCGGGAUCGAAACCAUAGAAUGCCACCGGAAAAAAGAGCCGGGUUUUACGGAUUGGACUUAUAUAGCAUGGGCGCCUCGAUCGACGCCGUGAUUGACUACCUGGACCGUAUGGAUCCAAAGGCAAGCAAGCAAGCGCGGCUGCGGUAUGGGUGUCUCGAACCCUGGAUCGAGGAGCCUGCAUCCUAUGGCUUGGCAUCCCUGCGUGGGAUGGAAGAUUGUGAAGGACGAGUGGUGAAGAUGCUGCGGGAUCUUUUAGAGAAGCGGCUGGAAUACGCGCAAAGUGGCUUGCGAGAUGCCGAUGAGUACCACAGUGGCGAGCAAAAUGCUCAUCUCGUUCGUGAUGCCGAGAAGUACUACAAGACCAUGUACUACAGCUCAGUGAGUUCGUGGAAUCUGCGCGACAUCCACAUGUUUGAAACCUUGGAACGCCUAUUGCGGUUCAACGAGGGACAGAAAGCUAUUGUCUGGGCACACAACUCCCACGUUGGGGAUGCCCGGUUUACCAGCAUGGGCUCUCGACGCAAUGAGCUUAACAUUGGCCAGCUAUGUCGUGAGCAACUGGGGAGCGAGAACGUAACUAUCCUCGGCUGCGGCACUCACACCGGCACUGUUGCGGCAGCUCAUGAGUGGGACGAUGAUAUGGAGGUUAUGCCUGUUCGUCCCUCUCGAGCUGAUAGUUGGGAGAUAGUAGCUCAUGAUACCGGGGUACCGAGAUUUGUGCUUGAUCUGCGUCGUGAUCGUAUCGAUCCCGCUUUCCGCUCUGCUCUCGCCGCUGAACAACGUCUGCAACGUUUCAUAGGUGUCAUUUAUCGCCCAGAUACGGAGCGUAAUUCUCAUUACUCGCAGGCGGUUCUUCAAAAGCAGUUUGACGGUUAUGUCUGGUUUGAUGAAACACAGGCUGUUAAUCCUUUGGAGGUCAUCCAACCUAUCACGCCACUUGGAAAGGGUGAAACUUAUCCAUUCGGCUUGUGA